CAACACCACACGUUCAGCAUGCCUACAAACAAGCAGAUCAUCUACGCGAAUCCGCCUUCUCCGGCCAUCGACCCGUCUCUGUCAGCGGGAACCUUCUCCCUCACAACGACGCCUGUCCCCGACCGCAUCCCCAAUGACAAGCUCCUUGUUCGCGUGCAUUAUCUCUCCCUGGACCCGGCCAUGCGCCAAUGGCUCACCGCAAAACGUUCCUACAUCGACCCCGUGGAACGCGGCGCCGUCAUGCGUGGCCAAUCCAUCGCACAGGUGAUCUCAGUGGGCUCGGACCUGCAAUCCAAAUACAAAAUCGGGGACUGGGUCGUCGCCUAUUCUGGCUGGCAAGAAUACGCUACUCUGGGGCCUAAGGAGGCACAGAAGGUGGUCAUACCACCAGGCGGGCGACCGACGGAUGCCAUGGCCGUUCUCGGCAUGACCGGAUUGACGGCGUACUUUGGCAUGCUGGAUAUCGGACGGCCUACGCCAAAGGACACAGUGGUGGUUUCCGGGGCUGCAGGCGCGACGGGAAUGGUGGCCGGGCAGAUCGCAAAGAUCUACGGUGCCAAACGCGUGGUCGGAAUCGCAGGGAGCAAGGAGAAGUGUGAGUUCCUGACGAAGGAGCUAGGAUUUGAUGCCGCUGUGAACUACAAGGAUGCGGACUGGAAAAAGCAACUCAAGCAUGCCACGCCAGAGUAUAUUGAUGUGUUCUUUGAUAAUGUUGGUGGUGAGGUGUUGGACGCGUGUCUGAUGCGGGCGGCGAGGAAUGCUCGAUUCGUCAUCUGCGGCGCCAUUAGCCAGUAUAAUGCAGCUAAACCGAGAGGCCCUUCAAGCUAUAUGAAUGUCAUUGUGAGCUCUGGUGCUGUGGAUUACUGCUGCAGAGGGAAAACUGACGCUUUCUGCAGUCUCAACGUGUGACCAUGAAAGGAUUCAUUGUCUUCGACUACAUCAAACAAUACCCGGCAGCGCUAAAAGACCUAGCAAGUUGGUUAGCUCAGGGUAAGAUCCGGCGUAAAGAGUAUAUCAUCAAGGGUGGCAUCGAGGCUGCACCACAAGGGCUGGUAAGCCUCUAUGAAGGCGCAAAUACGGGGAAAAUGAUGGUGGAAGUUGUCCCCGAGUGCGAGUCUAUUGGAAAAGAAACCAAUGCAAAGCUGUGAACUGAAUCUCCUAUUGAAACGUGUAUAAAUACGACAAAUAUGGAUGCCAGGGAGGUCGCAAAAUGAGACCGCGUGGUGGAAGGAGACAGCGCUUUCUCUAUGCAGGACUGCCCUGCAGUACGAAUAUAUGCUCUGGUGUCUCUGAGGUCUAAACUCUUAUCUUCUAGAUCAAUUUCAUGGUGAUUAGAAUCAUGGAAGUCUUUAAAAAUUACAAGGGAUACAGCUGCGUCGUCUUGCAUGGCUGCAACCCGUGGCUAUUCUACUGUCUC